GUGAUGCAUACUAGCUGCGAAUCCCUUACAAGGCCACACGUCAAGGAUAAGAAAACCUGUAUCUUUUCUAGCUAGGCAAAUUCCUGUUAGUCUUUUGUGGCGACGCAACAAAGAUGAAGAGCCGGGGUGUGGCCAAGUACAUCUGGGCAUCCUUCGAAUUGAUCGGACCAAUUGUCUUGUAUCAAGGUUCCAGUAUUCGUGAAGACUUUGAGUCGCUUGGAAGUUCAUCGCAGAUUGUAAAUGAUCCUGCUAACCCAAUCCGCGUGGGUAUUUCAAGUGGCAGAGCGAAGUUACAGGAUGAUGGAAGACCGGCCCAGUGCCAGGGCUUUCAUGAACCGCCUGCCAAACGACUCCAGGCCAUUAGUAGAAGCACUCUAGAAGAAAACGACAGACCGGUGGCGACUGUCUCUGAUGAUUUUCCGCCUGGUUUUCAUCCAGUAAACAAUGCAAUGUUACUUGAUCCAAAUUAUCAAAGAUCCCCUCCGGCCACGAGUAAUUUUCAGUCGACUCCGUCAAGCGAUACACUAGUUAAUGACGAAAAUAAGUAUCAAGGAAACGCUUACCCAGAUGUUAGUGCUUCUGGACCUCGCUUGGAACCGCACAAGCUGCAUGAACCUGGACGCAACCAAUUGCUUCCAGCACGGCUCAUUGAGAACCCACGUGCCACUCAAGUUCAACCCUCCCUUGUUGGAGAAAGUCCCGAGAGUAGCUCGUGUCCCACUGCAAGCACUAGAGCCAUUGGCUGGAUUCCGCACCGUUUUACUAAUGUUAAUAGCUUUCAUCACUUCCCGCUGAUGCCAAGGGAUGCCAAAGAUUUGAUGAAUCAAUUGGAAACCUCCGUGAAAAGGCGUGCAAUAUGGGAGAAUCGUGCUUCGCCGCACAUUGAAAAACAGUUUGAAUACCUUCCAGUUGAUAUGAUAUCAUAUCCUGGCUACCCGGCAAAAGUGAUCUGUGUUUUGGAUAAGAAUUACCAUCACUCUUCAUCUCGCCGAAUCAGCCAACAGCUUUGGUAUUUGUUCGAGUUCAUGGUGUGUAACCAUUGUCUUUCAUCAAGUCAAAUAGGAACACCGAAAUACCAAAGGGAAAAGGAGUACCCAGAAUUGAUGAGCUGGUUCAAAAAUAUCCUGCACGAUCCAAAAGACAGUUUUCCAGUGUUCGGCGAAGUAAAAACCUACCAGUUAAAUAAAACUUUCGGACCAGUUCAACGGUGGUUGAUAUGGUAUCUUCAUCAUCAAGAUACAUCAAGCUAUGGAUACACAACAUCGAUAGCUCUUCUCUAUUUCUGGUACAAAACCCAGGCUCCCGAGAGUUGGGAGAAAUUGGAGAUUCGUCGGAAAGGAUUGGGGUUCGAAUCCUUUUGGUCGUUCAUGCAUCACACCGCGGAAAAACCUGGCCCGGGAGCGGGAUGGUAUAAGAUCAAAGCCUUCAAUUCACCAUACUCCCUACCAUCAUCACUGGGAGAACUUCCGUCAAGAACUUUCAAAGCGUUAACCCAGCAAUUCAAUGACUUGAUUAUCAAGUUUACACAUGACCCAGAGGAGAUAAAAAUUCACCAGACAAUAAUUGAUGAAAUUGAUGAGGUCUACAAGCCGUACAAGCUUGUGGAGCACGUACAUUCUGAUCAUGAUUUGAACAGAUUUUUCGGGAUAUAUGCCCUCUUGGAACCUUUUAAACACAAUCAAACAGCAGAAAAAAUCUUGGAAAAUUUGUUAGAGUCAUGUCGAUGGUGGCAUCAAAACUUGAACUUGGGAUUGAAGGCCAAAGGGAUUGAUCCACUGCUCAAUGCACAUCAGAAUUUCCUGGAAUGGUUGAUAGGCAUUUUGUUUGGGAAGAAGUAUAGCUUACCCAUGUUUGGCAUCAUUGAUGAAAAGACUUAUGAGCUGUUUGAUGGCUAUUCAAGUUUUGGAAGCAACAUUUAA